AUGUUUUGUGUUAUUGAUCUGUUGUCAGUUCCAUUUUUAGCCCUUUCAGUCACUCACACCAGUCCAUUAAUCAGCUUUUUUUUGUUUUUGUUAGGUCUGAUCUUUGUGGUUGACAGCAAUGACAGAGAGCGUGUGAAUGAAGCACGAGAGGAGGUGAUGAGGAUGUUGGCUGAGGAUGAGCUCAGGGAAGCAGUCCUGCUCGUGUUUGCCAACAAACAGGACCUACCGAAUGCCAUGAACGCUGCAGAAAUCACGGACAAGCUGGGGCUGCAUUCGCUCCGGCACAGGAACUGGUACAUUCAGGCCACAUGCGCCACAAGCGGCGACGGCCUCUAUGAAGGACUCGACUGGUUGUCCAAUCAACUGAAAAACCAGAAAUAAUGACCUCACUGUACUGAUCUUCCUUAGUUCGAUAUUCUCAACACUUGCUUUA